CGUCUUAUCAUUCAAACGAACAAAACACCGAAACAGAAAAAAGAAAGAAAGAUUCCGAAAACCAUAAAAGCAUAAAUCAGAAAAUCAGAAAGCCAAUCAAUCAAGAAGAACAGAACAAAUUCGAAUUCUCGUACGCUUUUCAAUCCAAUUACGCAAAGAUGUCUUGCUCCGUCGCGGUUUCCAAUUCGCCUGUGUUCUCUCCUUCGUCGUCUCUGUUCUGCAACAAGACCUCCCUUCUUUCCUCUCCCGAAACCCUAGCCCUAACCCUAGCGCACCUCAAGCCCUCCCAGGCUUCAUCAUCUUCUUCUUCUUCUUCUUCAGCGCCGUCGUCGCCUUCUUCGCCGUUCCGGCUUCGGAUUCCCAAACCUCCGACGGGGCUAUCGGCUUCGAGUUCGGGUUCGGCGCCGGCUUCGUCGUCGCCGAGUACGGUCUUCAAGAGGAAAAGGCCGACGAGGCUGGACAUUCCGGUUGCGUCGUGGAGCUCCGGGACGCCACCGGCGACGCCGUCGACGGCGGCGGUGUGGAGGGAGCUCGUGGAGAUGGAGAGUGAUGGCUACUCGGUGUACUGCAAGAGAGGGAGGAGAGAGGCUAUGGAGGACCGGUACUCUGCGGCUCUCAAUCUUCAUGGUGAUCCCAAGCAGGCUUUUUUUGGUGUAUUUGAUGGGCACGGAGGUGCAAAAGCUGCUGAAUUUGCAGCAGAUAACUUGGAAAAGAACAUAUUAGUUGAAGUAGUGAGAAGGAGUGAUGAUGAUGACGAAAUUGAGGAGGCGGUUAAGCGAGGUUACCUGAACACCGACUCCGAUUUCCUCAAAGAGGAUUCCCGAGGUGGUUCAUGCUGUGUGACAGCUUUGAUUCGGAAGGGAAAUCUUGUUGUGUCCAAUGUUGGCGAUUGCCGGGCUGUCAUGAGCAGAGGAGGCUCUGCUGAGGCACUAACCUCUGAUCACCGGCCCUCGAGGGAAGAUGAAAGGGACAGAAUUGAGAACUUGGGUGGCUAUGUUGAUCUUUGCCAUGGUGUGUGGAGAAUCCAAGGAUCUCUGGCUGUCUCUAGAGGGAUUGGAGAUCGUCACCUUAAAAAAUGGGUGAUUGCAGAACCAGAGACAAAAGUACUUCAAAUCCAACCCGAACAUGAAUUCUUAAUCUUGGCUUCAGAUGGAUUGUGGGAUAAGGUCAGUAAUCAGGAAGCAGUAGAUACUGUUCGUCCUUGGUGCAUAGGUGUGGACAAGCCAGAACCAUUGUUUGCCUGUAAAAAACUAGUAGAAAUAGCUGCAUCGCGAGGCUCUUUGGACGAUAUCAGUGUAAUGCUAAUCAAACUAGGGCGUUACAUCUGAUGUUCUCAUCCCUUUUAGAUGAAGAAACCAUCCUAACACAUAGAAAAACAAGAUUUGUUUCUGUUCAGGAGCGAAGAAAGGAACAAAGGAUUUGCAAUUCUUCUAAGCUUGCUGUUGGUAAUAAAUAAAAUUAAUCGGAAAUAUAGGAUGGCGGUGUUUGAUGAUGAAGGCGAGGCGGUAGAUAUUACUGUUUUAGCGUAGACUGAUCCAUUGUAAAUGGUUUAACCUAGUUGCGGCCUUCUUAGCACCGCUAGUUAGGACAAGACAUUGAAACAUAGUCGAAUAAUUUGGUUGUAUUAUUUUAUUCUUUAAUUAAUUUAUUUUUUACACAAUA